AUGUUCGUAAUAUUACGUGAAUACAAAGACAAUAGUAACUUUGCUUCAUAUUGUAUUAUUGAUGCGGCUUGUAACAUUCUUCCAGGUCUUAUAUAUUCUGUUAGCAAAUACACCCAACCACCUUAA